AAAGUUUGAGCCAUCUCGGCUGCUGUAGCAGGAGGAGGAGAGCAUGACUGGUCCUUGACGUGGAAUAUUUCCGUAAAGAGACGAUGAAGGAGUAGCAGAGUGUAGCUCGAAGCUAUCCCGUUUACUAACCUUAAAUCGAGACGGGCUUUAGCCGUGAAUCCCGCUCAGAUCUGGGUUCACCGGAGCUGACGGACACCAGUCUUUCGCAGACUGAUCCCUUUCUCUUCCCCGCCUCAUUCUGAUCCGCUACAAUCAUGAUAAAAGCCAUUUUAAUAUUCAACAACCACGGGAAACCAAGGCUUUCUAAAUUCUACGAACAUUAUAAUGAAGACACAGAGCAACAGAUCAUCAGGGAAACCUUCCACUUGGUCUCAAAAAGAGAUGAGAAUGUCUGCAAUUUCCUCGAAGGAGGAAUGUUGAUUGGAGGAUCAGACUACAAGCUGAUCUACAGACACUACGCCACAUUGUACUUUGUCUUUUGUGUCGACUCCUCAGAGAGUGAACUAGGAAUUUUAGACUUAAUCCAGGUAUUUGUGGAAACGCUGGACAAGUGCUUUGAGAACGUCUGUGAGCUUGACUUAAUUUUCCAUGUUGACAAGGUCCACAACAUUCUGGCCGAGAUGGUAAUGGGUGGGAUGGUCCUGGAGACCAACAUGAAUGAAAUCAUCACGCAGGUGGAUGCCCAGAACAAGAUGGAGAAGUCUGAGGCCGGUAUUGCAGGAGCGCCCGCUCGUGCCGUAUCAGCUGUAAAGAACAUGAACCUCCCGGAAAUGCCCAGAAACAUCAACAUUGGUGACAUCAGCAUAAAAGUGCCAAAUUUACCCUCCUUCAAAUAGUGGCAGCGAGAUCCCGAACCUGCAGAUGUCAGCCAAUGUUUACAGUGAUGCAAUCUGUUUACCACAACCUCAAUUUACCAACUUUUAUCAAAACUAUAAAUCUUCAAGGUACUGUGUGAUCUGACACUCCUUGUACGUGUGCUUUCUCUUUCUUCUUGUGUUAUUUUUUUUUUUCAGUUUGAAGUAAAAGUAAGUAUUUAUUUAUGAAUGGUACAUUCCUUGCGCCUCACUGAAGGUUGGCUCGUGACUUUCAGCUCCUCUGUGUCAGUUUGUAACUGGAAUCUGCUAAAGUGUUUACUUGAAAGAGAAUUGCGUGGCAGGAAGUGACCUUUCGGGGCAAUCUUACAAGUUUGUUUUUUUCCAGACUAAGAGAAUCAGUCAAGUAAAAGUGAAAGCAAAACUAUUUCGAAUCCAAAAUUGGAACCGGUUUAGUACAGUAUUGAGAGAUUUAGGGUACAGAAGAUUAUUAUGUUGAAGAUAUGCUGUGUGACAGAAAAAUAUAUAUGAAAUGAUUUUUCUUUUAUUUGUAUGCAAAGUAUUUUUCAAAGAUUCACCAUGUCUUACCAAAUGAUGCUCUUAAUUUUUGUGUGUAUAUGACUUAUUUUCUCUUCUUUUUUUCAACAUAAUAAACGUCAAAAUGAAACCUG